AUGCCCAUCGAAUUCGGCGGCUGGACGCUGCUAGCCCUGCACGAGCGACCACCAAGUCCAACCAGCAAAGGCACUUCCACAAUCCGGUACGCCUUCAUCCAUCAAGACCAGGACUCCCCAGAAGGACAGCAAGAUUACAACGUCCUCUCCGCCAAGACCUUCCUCUCCUCCUUCGCGCAGGGCCGCGAACUCGAAACCCUCGAAUCUCGCUGGCAGGAGGCUCUCGCUUGUCUGAGGCUUUCGAUGACGACGGCCGUGGAGAGGGGGCCUGAGACGGCGGCUUACAGCUUGCUGGAGCAGGCGGCUUUGAGACGAGGUGGAAGGGCGGCGAUGGAUGCGGAGACGUGUGGGGAUGUCGAGUUUGGAGUGGCGGAGUAUGAGGAGGUUGUAGAGGCGUUGGGGGCGGUGGAUUUGCUUAGAGAGAAGCCGAUUAAUCGCUCUGUGGAGGAGGGUGGGCCGCCUGCAGGAGGGAAUUGA